CCAGUCAUUAAUAUUCCACGUUACUGAUUUUAGUGUUAAAAACGUGAUAUAUUAAUGACUUGAAUGAGAGUAUGUAUGAGGUCAUAUAGAACAAAUAAAAAGAUAACAGCUGAUAACCUUCGCAUUGAUCUUCUCAUCCACUGUACUCUUUGUGAGACGUCAUUCAUGGAUCAUCUCAUCCUAACUUCGCUUCACCAGCACUCUAUCCUUCCUCUUCUUCACCAUUACACCAUGCCUUCCCUCCUCUGCUCCUUUCCUCUUCCUCACCAACACUCUAUCCUCUUCUUCACCGUCACUCAAUGCCAUCCACCUGUCCCUCCUCUGCCUAUACCCUAUAUGUAUUCACCCAAAGGCAGCUUCAUUCCAUCCGCAUGAGCAUGCAUCUUCCACCACUGACAAGUGCGUGACAACAGUGACCGAGAGUGAUCAUCGACCACUCCUCCAAGUCUCUACAGCAUGUCAUGGAGGUGGUGGUGGUACGAAAGGGCGCAAGAGUUGGAGCGCCAAAACACUAGACUGUACAAUGAGAAGCGUAACCUGGAGCACAGGGUGGGGAAUUUGGUGUACCAAAACAUCUCGCUAUCCAAUGAGAAGGAUGAUCUGAAGAAUCAACUGGAGAAGAAGAGGAGAGCGGUAUCUGUGUACUUAGGAAAGGUCUCUACACUGGAGUACAAGGUACAGGAGUUGGAGAACCAAAACACCAAACUGUCUGGUGAGCUAGUGAAGCAACGGGAGGACAUGAGGAAGGCGGGUUUGAUGUUCAUGAAUGCUGCUGAUACAUACCAACAAUUAGCAAAGAAGCAAAUUAGGACAAAGGAAGAGGAAUUGGCGAACACCAGGAAGGCAGGCCUUCUGUUAAUCAACGCUACUGAUAAAUACCAAGAAUUAGCAAGGAAGCAAAUUAAAGCAAAAGUUGAGGACCUGGAGGAUGCAAGGAAGGCGGUUUUGGUGGUUAUGAAUGCUGCCGAUACAUACCAACAUGUAGCGGAGAAGAAAAUUAAGGAUAAGGUGGAAGAAUUGAGGGUCCUUGGGGUCCAAAAGGCAGAAAUGGAUGCGAGGGCCGCAUCUUUGGAGUGGCUCAAGGUAGCUCUAGUGAAGAAUCAGGAAUUGGAGGCUGACUGUGAUAAGAUGAAGAUAGAAAAUAAUAAGCUUUGGUUGGAGGUUGAGAGGCUCAAGAUGGAAUCGAUUGCAGUGGCCCAUAGGAAAGAGGCAGCUGCAAAUGCAUUUGAUGCUGAGAAGGCAGAAACUAUGAAAGAAUUGGAAGACCAUAAGAUGGAUGUGGAGGAAAUACCGACUACCAUGGAUUUGAUGAAGGGUGAAAAUGAUAAUAUUCAGUUGGAGGUCUUGACAGCAGCGCAUCAACAUAGCUCGUGUGAAGCAGGGGUUGAGAGGCUCAGGAUGGAAUUAGACGUGUUAUUGGAGGUAAAGGACACAUGCAAAAUCAUGGAGUCUGGAGACCUUAAUGGGGAAGUGAAGGAAAUCCCAGCUGCUCAUUUCAUGAAGAGUGAAUAUGAUAAGCUUCAGUUGGACAUUUUAACUGCAGAACAUAAACAUAUUCUGUCAGAAGCACAAGUUGAUUGGCUCAAGGAGAAUAUUUAGCGCAUAUUUUUUUUCUUGAAACAUUUAUAUCUCUCUGUAUGGUCUGGCUCCGAGGGCCACACCAUGUCUUUACUCUGUUGAAAAUACUAAAAUAAAUUGAUAUUGUGAAAUGGGUUUACAAUUCAGAAAUAGAUCAUAAUUGUGAGAUUUCAAAAUUCUUAUUGUAAUAUGUGGAUCAAAU